GUUAGCUUCCACUUAUUUCUUUAUUGGUUUAGCGGUUUAGCAUAUGCGAAGUUAAUAUUAUGGUCAGUGGAUCACCAGUUAGCGAAGCUAACUUUUUGGUUAGCGGUGCCCACCACUGCUGGACACACUGCCGCCUCCAACACGUUGCAGCGUCUACUCUGUGACUGUUGAGUAGUGUACUCCGUAGAGUGCCCAACGCUGUCUGCUACUCCAGCUGAGCAGUGGACUGUUUUAGGCUACUACUCAGAAGGCUGCACUGUAUCAACUGUGUUGCCUACUGUAGAAUGCUACGUAGCAACUCACAGGGGUACUUUGUAGGCCACUUACAGGGCACUCUGGCUACUCAGACGAAUGGCUGAGGAAAAGGAGGAGGAGGAGGGGGAGGAGGAGGAGGAGGAGGAAGGUGGCCAGGAUGAAUGUGAGAGUGGCGGCACGCGUGUGGCAUGCGGCGGCCGGCCAGGCCAGUGUGGCUGUGUGCGGGUUGGCAGGUGGACACGGGCAGUGCGCACACUGCCGCGCCGCGCCGCGCCUCGCCACACAUGCAGCUGUUGGGACAGGAGCCUGGCGGGGCUCGUGGCGGGGCCGCCCACACUGGUCUUCGUGGGCCUCGACUCGUCGGGCAAGACCACGGCGCUGCUGCGGCUCAAGUACGGCCACUACGUGAACACCGUGCCCACCGUCGGCUUCAACUGCGAAUGUUUGCGGGGCGGCGGUUGCUCCUGGGUGGCAUGGGACGUGGGCGGCGAUGAUCGCGUGCGAACCCUUUGGCGCGCCUACACGCGCGGCGCCGACGCGGUGCUGUUCGUGGUGGAUGCCAGCAGCGGCGAGGAGCGGCUGGAGGAGGCGCGCCACGAGUUGCACGUCCUGGUGCGCCGGCAAGCGGCACAGAGCGCCGCGCUGCGCCGCUCACGGCCGCCGCUGCUGGUGCUGGCCAACAAACAGGAUCUGCCGGAUGCCAGAACGCCCGCCGCCAUGGCUGACGCCCUCGGCCUGCACGACCUGCCGCCCGCCCAGCCCUGGGGCCUUGCACCCGCCUGUGCCGUCACCGGCGAGGGUCUGCCCGAGGUCAUGGACCUCCUGCGCCGCCUCCUCCUCAAGGCACGCCGGGCCUCGCUCUCCCGGGGCUGACUUGCGGGUCACCCUAGGCUCCCCGCCGCCCCCACCUCCUUCAGUUUAUCCCUGCCCCGCCCCGCACCAAACCCCUGGACCCCCGAGGCGUGAGGCGAUGGAGCCCGAGUACUCGUAUGGGGACAGGCGGGGAACUACAGACAACUGAGUGCCACUGGUGGCUGACGUAUGUGAUAAUGUGUGUGUAUGUGUGUGUGUGUGUGUGUGUGUGUGUGUGUGUGUGUGUGUGUGUGUGUGUGUGUGUGUGUGAAGCGUGCAUGCAGUGUUUGAAGGGGUGUAUUUAUAAUAUUUAUUGUGCAAUAGCCAGAAACGUCACACAUACACAAGCACGUAGCCCGUACCCAGAGAUCCGUCACUUGUGAGUCGCUCAUCCGGGAAAAGUAAUAGUUGGCAAUCGUGAGACUGUUGUGUGAUCAGACCAUUACACACACACACACACACACACACACACACACACACACACACACACACACACACACACACACACACCGCUCCGGUAGCUCAAUCGGUUAGAGCGCGGCGCUGCAAGGCUUCAAGGUCAAACAGGCGGCGGUUCGAGCCCCGCUCAGGCCGGAUUCUUUCCGUUGACUAGGAGUGGUUACUGUCCCCCCUUGACCAAGGGGGAUGGGGUGUGUGGUGUGUGAGGUCCUGGCAGUACCCAGAGAUCGACGAUAAUGAGCAUGCACUUCCUCGUGUCGGGAGGGUACCUGCUGGCGAAAGCGAGUCCAACUCGUGAUCAGGCCUUGGUGAAUUACACACACACACACACACACACACACACACACACACACACACACACACACACACAACAGGCUCUGGUCAGUGUUACAUGUAGUACAACUGUAUUAUACGUACGCGCAUCCCUUGAGACAAAUGUAUAUGUAAAUAGCCGUAUUUAUAAAGAUGUAGGAAAUAUAUUUUGUUAUACUGUUGAAACUAUGUGGAAGUAUUAUUAUCUUUACCACUCUUCUAUCGAUCUACGUUGGACGCGCACAGAAACUAAUUGUCUCCUUUCAUCAUUAUAGGACAAAACCAGGCACGGAAAAAAAACGAGAAAAACAAGAACAACAGCACC